GCUUGUCAUCCAGGACACUGCGGUGGAAAAACAGGUGUCUCUUCCCGAGUGGGCUGCUGGAAAGGGUGGUUGGCUGGUGGAUGUGCGCUGUGCUGAUUACUCAGCCCCCAGUUAGCAGCGUGGCCCUUGCAUGUGAGUGCAUGUACUUCCCGAGCAUGGUUUUGCGUGAGCAUCUGCCGCCGGGCUGGUGCUGCUGCCUCGCUGUGGGAGGAGCAGGCGGGUACCCUGAACUUGCAGCUGAGGGCGGAAACGCUUUGGGGUUGAUGCUUGAGGCUUUUGUAGAGUUGCAGCAUCUGAGCUGGGUGCUCUCUGCUGGAGUGAUGCAGGCGUAUAAAGGUAGAUCUGUGUCUUCCCCCAAGGCUCAGUCUGGGACAGCCCCAGCAGUUUUUGGCUGCCACAUGGAAGAUCACGCUAAGCACGUCCAGUCCAUCCCGCUCCCGGCCAUGCAGCAGAACUUGAACUACGUGUAUCCUCAGAUCUUUUGGGUGGAUGGCUGUGCCAGUGCAAAUACUUCCUGCCCUCCAGCACCCCCCGUCGCUCCUUUCCCACCACCAGUACCUGACCGGAGCAGAAAGCCAAGGAACAACAGGGAAAGGAGGAGCACUGGCUUUCUGGUGAUCUCCUUGCUGCUCCUGCUGGCCCUCACUGGAGUGGGGCUGAGCAUGUUUCAGAUAUUCCACCUGGAGAAGGAACUGGCUGAACUCAGAGAGUCUGCCAGCAGUGAGCACAUCCCUCCAGCUUUGGAAAAACUCAUAGGGCAGAAGGAGCAGUCAAUGAAAAAUGAAGCAAGGAAAGCAGCACACUUAACAGGAAACCCGGACCAGCGAGACCUCCCUCUGGAUUGGGAACCCAUCUCUGGCCAUGCCUUCACCAACGGCAUUCAGUACCGUGAUCAGGGCCUCAUCAUCAAUGAGACUGGUCUGUACUUUGUAUAUUCCAACGUGCUCUUUCGAGGCAGUGUCUGCACCAGCCAGGUGUUGACCCACAGCGUCUACAAGAAAAACCCAGCCUUGCUUGGUAGCCAUGUGCUGAUGGAGGACAAGGGCAUCAACUACUGUACAGGUCAGAAAACAUGGGCCCGGAAAAGCUACCUGGGGGCUUUAUUCAAGCUCAGGAAGAUGGACAGUUUGCAUGUCAAUGUCUCCAAAAUCUCUCUGAUUAAUUUUGAGGAAUCCAAGACAUUCUUUGGCUUAUUUAAGCUUUGAAUGAGGCUGUUGGAGCAUGGCCAGCAGCCCAUGAGACACACUCAAAUAUGCGUGAGUGGUGAGUGCUGCCUGAGUGGCAGUGGCAAAGCCAGGGUCUUGCCCCAUGAAGUUCUCCAGGAAACCAUGUUUUGGUCUUCAGCAUGAGAAGCCUCAAGCAACUGGUAAAGGUUUGGAAGUAGACCUCUCAGAAGCACCAGGGCUGUACUACACCAACCUGAAGAGAAUCACACAUUUUCCCCUCUGGAAAAAAAAAAAAGCAACCCAACAACAAACUCAAAAUGUAGUGUCCUGAAAACACCACUGAAACUAGUUACUUGCUACCUGAGAAGAUGCUGGUGCCAGCAGCCCCACAUGGUGCCAUGGCCUUGGUGAGCUUGAGCAGCAGGCAGGCAGCGUGGAGGCCCCUAAAGCUUUGUCUGCAGGUGCCUGGGCUGUGCCAUGCCAUGGCACACCGCAGGUGGUGGUGUGAGAACAAGUAGUGCAGAGGUCUCUCUACCCAUCUCAAGCUAUGACUAAGCACCCUGCCUGGGCACUCAGCACUGUGACUGAUGUACAACAGGCACCUGCCUGCUAGCCGGCUACUUUGGUGCCAUCAGUACAUUUUGUGUUGUUGACUGUGCCCAUCUCAGAAAAUGUUCCCCAACCCCUUUAUUUAACUCGUGCCCACUGCCUUGCAAGGAAUGUGCCAAAGCAGCAGGGCCAUGAGGGGGAUCCCAACCCUGGAGAGAAAAUAUGACUGUUCUGUGUUGAAGGGGCUGGUGGGGAGGCCACAUGCUCCACUGACAGAACCUAAACAACAUAGUGGUGGAGAGCGAUGGGGCCCAAGAUGAAAGCAGCAUCUCCAGCCCCCUUUCUGUCUUUUCAAAGCAUCAGGGUCCCCCAUGGGAAACUGGUUCUGUCACCCUCUGUAUGGUGCAGGUGGGGUGGCAUGCUGGCCACCAUAAACAGUAUGGCUAUGGCUGGCCCCCUUAUCAGGGGAUAUUCUCUCCUGAAUAAAACACAUCUGGUAAAUAAAGGUAUAUUUUUCUAGUAAGUGACACUGUUCUCCCCUCAUUUGGGCAGCAGGCUUCUGCAGUGACCCAAAGUCCUGAAGGUCUCUAUGAUCAACAGCGAUUUGGGAGCUUGAUCCCAGUUUGCUGCUUGCUUCGCAGGGCACAGUGUCCCUGCUAUGGAGCUUUGGGGUUCCAGCAUCGAAACAUCAGGAUUUGGGAACCAGGGAGGUGUGAUGUGGGUAGCACAGACCAGACAGCCCAAGCCCAGUUUGGCCAUCAGGAAGGUGACUGAUCUCACAACACAGGCUUCAGCUUGAGUAGAGCCAGACACUUGUUGCGGAGCAGAAGUUCUGCCAUCCCCAAAGGCAUCAUACUCCUCUGUGUGCCCCCUGGCCCUAGCACAUGGCCCUUCUGAUGUGGAAGUCUGAAGGUCAAGGAAAGGAAGGGGUGCUUUGGUGUUAAAAGCCCCUUAUUUGCUCACUCUGGUUUCUGAUUCAUGAGCUCUUCCCUGCAUGUGUUAACCCCAAGGCUAUCUGCCACCUGUCCACCAGGCAGUACACAAAGGCGCAUCAUCUUUGUGGUCCAAAGUUCUCGAAACUCUGAUGUUGGUCACAGCAAACAGUGGCUCUUCAGCAGCCUUUAUUUCCUUUUCGGUGGUGCUGCUCUCAGCUCAGUGAUGUGUGUCCUGUGGUUUGCUGUUUCUUGCUUCAGGGGAACUUAUUUCUUUGAAACAUGGAAGUAGACUAGCCACUAGUAUGGCCAGUGUGAAGUGAACGCUGCAUCUCUCUGCUCACACAAGUGUUGCUGCACUCAGAUAUUUCCACUGCAUUUCUCAGGAUAGAAAAUCCCUCAGAAAGUCAAAGUUUAGGGACCUUUUUGUUUGAAUUAUGCUUUAUUCUUGCUCCCAUUCCCUCUAGUAUCAGGGGGGCAAACCACAUAGUGCAGGGACAGAGGCUUGGAUCUAGACCCUGCCAGGAAAGGCUGGAAGUUGCUAUCCUCUUCUGAUUGCUGUUGGUGCUGUGUUGCUUUUCUAGUGACCGGGCAUGCAAGUGAGGAGUAGGCAUCUGUAUGUACAUGUGCCCUCAAACUUGCAGCUGUUUCUGUAGCAAAACUAGCCAAGCACAUUGCAUGCUUACUUUCUUUACUGGUGAGCAGCUUAGAGAGAGACAGUGGGUGCAGUGCCCAGGGGAAUCUCACACAGAUGGUACUGUCUCUGCUGGUACCAUAUUGGUGUGGGGCUGGAAAGAUCCCAAAGAUUUGUAUAAAUUGGCACACAGUAGCUCAUCUAGGCUGUGAAUGUAGUUAGCUCUGGGGCAGGAUGCAGCAGUUGCUAUUGCUGCACAUCUGGGAGGGGCAGGGAUCUGUUAGUCUUUUUAUCUGAAAUACUAAAGGCAAUGCAGAUCUGCAUGUCUCAGGGGCAGUGACACAGUGCCACUCGUUUAUAUAUAGUGACACUCAUGUUAUAUAUAGUGCUGGGAUCUCCUAAGGUGGGCAGAGCUGGCUGAUCCUGGCAGGAUAAAGCUAGGUGCUGCCAGGCUUGCUCCUAAGUGAGAGAGCAUCUGUGACUGUCUUGGGACAAUAGCAUGGCUGCAAGUAAGACACAGUGUUACUGCUUUGUGAUCUCUUCCUCAAAGGUAGCUCUGAACUGCCCAGA